AUGGGUGGUGAUAGUCCAGAUUUCAUUGGACGUUUUUCCACAACAGCUAAACUUGAUUUAUUUAAUCGAGAUAAUUCAACGUUACAGUCUAUACUUAAAUGGUAUGAAUUUAAACUUGGUGAAAAAAAAACUGGAGAACUUUUAGCUAUAUUUGAACUUGUCGAAAUUAAUCUAAAAACACGAGAAGCUGAAACAACAUUUAAACUUAAAGAAAUUCCAAUAACAACAGAUAAUUAUCCACCGACAAGUUAUAUUACUAAAAUUAUGAAAAAUAAAAUUUAUCAAAUUCCAUUAUCAUUGAUACCUGCUGUUAAAACUUAUCAAAUUGAAAUUAUGUUUUGGGGUUUACGUGAAUGUCGUACACUUAAUCUUCAAUCUAUUCAAGAAGCUGAAGUAACAAUUGAAUGUGCUGGUGCACGUGCAACAAGAACCAUAAAAAAUGUACAAAAAUAUCCAAAUUUUGAAUCAUCACCUACUGAACCAGAUACAUAUACACUUCUUCUUAAUUUACCAAAUGAUGAUAAAUUUUGGCCACAUUUAAAUAUACUUUGUGUACAGCAUCGUCUUUUUGGAAUGAAAGAAAUCGUUGGCAAUCUGGUUGUAACUAAUCUACAAAAAUAUCUUGAAAAACCUAGGCAUCUUUUAACACCAAAUGAUCAAGCUGCAGCUGAUGCUGUGAAUGAAUUAUCAAAAAGAAUUCCAUACAAUUUUACUCGUGUUCGAAGAUCGGUUAUUAAUGCAUAUGAAGCUUCUCUAGCGAUACAGAACGAGAGUUUAGGAAAAACAAAAUUAGUUAAGUUUCAAAGCAAUGCAGGUCGUCAUAGAGACGAUAAUGAUAGUCAAGCAUCAAUUAUCCAUGCUGAUUCAUUGGGACAAGGAAAAAAAGGAAGCGAUGAAUCUGGUAGAAAAUCAGAUAAAGAAGAAGAAGAUGGUUUAAGAGAAUCUGAUUCGAUAGCUGAAUCACCUAAUAAUAGAAAACAUGAAAAUGAACCUUUAACAACAUUAGAAAAAAUAAAAAGAAAUGAUACGGAAAAAACAGCUGGAUGGUGGCAUAAAUAUUAUGCAUCAAAAGCAAAACUAAAAUUAAUGCGACGAUAUGCUAUAGAUAUGGGUGAAAGUUCAAAAGAUAGUUAUGAUACUUAUGCGGAGUUUUUUGAAGAUGAAUCAAGUUUGUUUGAAAGCUUUUGUUUUUAUUUGAUUUCUCUCGAACGAUAAAUUUCUUGUAGCACUUGAUUCCAGAAAAGGUUUGAAA